AUGCAAACACUGAAUCCAGUCACACUUCAACUCUGCGACUCCGAUUUCACGUCCAAUGCUGUAACAAUCAACAAUUAUUUAAUUCAUCUCCUUUCUAUGAAAUUCGCGCAAAAUUCUCAAAAAUCUUUUUCAAGAAAAUUUACAUUAAUUGAAACUUUGGGAUCUCCAUUACAAAUCGGUUCUGACAAUUUUCAUUUUGCUCGUCCCAAUGAUGUAAAAUUAUGUUAUUCGACUCGUUGCAUUCUUGUCAGUGACACGCACAAUCAACGAAUUCAAUCCUUCGAUCUCGAUACGAAAAUAUUCAAAGGAACGAUUCAUACACCUCAUUGGCCUCAAUUUUUAUGUGUGAUUGAGUCGAAUUUGAAAUAUAUUACAACAACAACAAGUUUUGGAAAAUAUGCAAAUAGAAAACGUGAAAAUAGUGAACAUGACGCAUCCGUACUCGUGUCAUGUUCGGAUCAUUGUGUCUACAAGUAUUCCAUUCGAAAAUGCAUCGAUUCAUUUCAACAAUCCAAUACAAUGACCAAAUUCUUGAAAUCAUUCGUUGGAACACUCAUUCCCCAAUUGAAAUUAACUGAAUAUAUAUGGAAGAGUGGAAUUUCAGGAGAGGAUGGAAAUUCAUUGCAUCAUUUUUCACAACCCUCAUCGAUGGCUUUGGUCGAGAAACAACUCUUUUCACACACCAAUGCAUCACUCUUUGAUAAGCCAUUAAUUUUACCAAGUUGGGAAUCACAACCAUCCAAUUCUAUCACCAAUGAUAGUAGUAGAAGUAGUGAAGAAGACUGUAAACACUCUAAUGAAUCGAAUUGGCUCGUCUUGGUAUGUGAUUCCCUUAAUCAUCGAAUUAAGGUUUUAAAUCCGACAACAGGACAAGCACUUGUUGCCAUCACUCAUUAUCAUGAAAUGAUUCAACGAAUGAGUGGACCUCAAUUGAAACUUGUGCGAUUUUUUACACCAAAAUUCAUUGUGGUUUCGCCUCACACGCAAGACAUUCUCUUUGUGGAAAAUUUAAAAUCAAGUUCAAGAAUUGUCUUAUUGAGGCAAGGUGAUUUUUCCAAAAAUGGAAUUGCUCAUUGUGUACAUGUUCAAGAGAAGUCUGUCACCAUUAAGGGACUAUUAGGGGAUUUAAAUGUUUCUGGACUCAUGUAUAUAGCAGAUCGCAAUGGAAUUUCGAUUCGAAAUGUGUUAGGACAUUUGACAGAUGAGUCUCCAUUCAAUGGAAAUUGUGAAGUAUACAGUCCGAGUGGUAUGUGCCUCAAUGAACACAAUGGAGAAUUACAUGUUGUUGAUUAUGUCUAUCAUACGCUCCAAGUGUUCCAAUGA